AUGCCCACGAGAGGUCCCCCUGCACUCGCUUUUGAUGCCAGCAAGACAAGCCUUGCCCCUCCCAACAAGGUAUGCAGGCGCUGUUUGAAGGAUUACGGUGAGUGGAGAGGGGUAUGGAAAUGCAAGGGGAGACCCAUGUUAUGGGAGACCCCUGAGGUGGUACGUCAGGAGAUGUGA